UAUCGAUACUAUCGAUAAAUGGUUGACCAUACCUAAUUAAAAUAAAUGCGCACAUGUUUCAGUUAGUUUUGUUAGUAAUUUUUUAAAAAAUUAAGAUAAUUGUUUAAAUAAUAUUGCUGCUAAUCACAAAAUGAAGGUGAAAAUGAUAAGCCGCAACCCGGACAACUAUGUCCGGGAAACCAAACUGCAACAUCAUAAAGUUCCACGAAAUUAUGAUCCGGCACUGCAUCCUAUGGAGGGGCCUAGGGAAUAUGUACGCGCUUUGAAUGCUACCAAACUGGAUCGUGUGUUUGCCAAACCAUUUGUGUGCAACUUGAGCGGUCAUCGCGAUGGCGUCGCCUGCUUUGGCAAACAUCCCAAGCUGCUGUCCACGCUGGCCACCGGCGCCUACGAUGGUGAGGUUCGUAUUUGGGAUCUGGCAAAUCGCAUCAGCCUGCGCAGCUUUGUAGCCCACGAUGGCUUUGUGCGGGGCAUUGCCUAUGCUCGGAAUGGUCAACGUUUCUUCACUGUGGGCGAUGAUAAAACGAUUAAGGUGUGGAACGCAGAGGCGCCUGAUGUAGGCGAGGAGGAGGAGCCGGUUAACACAAUAUUGAGUCGUCACAUUUUGCAUGGCAUUUCACACAAUCGUAAGGACAACAGCUUCGCCACCUGCGGCGAGGUAUGCGCAAUUUGGGAUGAACAGCACAACGAUCCCAUCAAGACUUUGAAAUGGGGUGUAGACACGCUUCACACCAUUUCCUACAAUCCAGUUGAGACAAAUGUGCUUGCCUGCUGUGCCAGUGACCGCAGCAUUAUUUUGUACGAUCAGCGAGAAGCGCAGCCGCUGCGCAAAGUUGUGCUGACCAUGAAGAGCAACAAACUUGCGUGGAAUCCCAUGGAAGCCUUCAACUUUACAGUAGCCAACGAAGAUUGCAAUCUCUACAGUUUCGAUACACGUAAACUGCAGACGCCUCUUAAGGUUCACUUCGAUCACGUCUCGGCUGUCACAGAUGUGGACUACGCGCCUACGGGCAAGGAGUUCGUUUCGGCUAGUUAUGAUAAGACGAUGCGCAUCUAUCAUGCACAUCAAAGUCACUCCCGCGACAUUUAUCACACCAAACGCAUGCAGCAUGUGGUUUGCGUUGCGUGGUCACUAGACAAUCGUUAUAUUUUCUCCGGCUCGGAUGAAAUGAACGUGCGCAUGUGGAAAGCCAAUGCGUCCGAGAAGCUGGGCGUCAUACGUCCACGCGAACGUACUAACUUCAACUAUCAGGAAGCUCUCAAGGAGAAGUACGCAGCUCAUCCACAAAUUAAGCGGAUUGCGCGUCAUCGACAGGUGCCGCGUCAUGUGAUGAAUGCACAGCGGAAAAUGCGUAUGGUCAAGGACAAGGAGUUGGUCAAGGAGGCCAAUGUGCGCAAACACUCCAAGAAGGGCAAGGUGCCCUUUGUCAACGAAAAGCAAAAGCAUGUGCUCCGCGAAGAUAUAUAAUAAUGUUAGGUUUAG